AUGAACCCAGCGGACCUGGACUCCGUUUGCCAUACAAUUACCCAGCAGGAGAAGAUGUUGGGACAACACAACACGGCGCUACACGAGAUAGCGGGUUCAAUCCGGAACUUAUCGGAUAGAUUAACGAGUAUCCAGGAUCAGCUCAGGUUGCCGGCGGAUCAUCCACCACCUGUUUCACCCAUAUCACCUGCCGAUUCGGGAGCGGGUUCCUUCCGUGAGCCCAAGGUUCCGACAUCGGAGAAGUACGAGGGAGAUCUGGGAGGAUGCCGUUCAUUUCUUUUACAGUGUGGGUUAGUUUUUGAUCUGCAGCCCUACUCUUACGCCACAGAUAAGGCUAGGAUAGCUUUUGUUAUUGAGCUGCUGCGUGGUAGAGCUCUGGAAUGGGCUUCAGCUGUUUGGGAACGACGGGACACAUGCAUGACGUCAUACCAGGGUUUCACGGCAGAGAUGAGAAAGCUUUUUGACCAUCCAGUCCGAGGUAAGGACACAGCUAAACGUUUGUUCUCUCUUCGCCAAGGAGCUCGCAGUGUGGCAGACUUUGUGAUAGAAUUCAGGACAUUGGCUGUGGAGAGUGGUUGGAAUGAGGAAUCACUACAAGCGGUUUUUUACCACGGGUUGUCGGAGCAACUCAAGGACGAGCUGAUCUCCUAUCCAGAGCCUAGUGACCUAGAUAGUUUGGUCACCUUAGCUAUUCGGUUCUCAUUCGUCCCUCGUCAUCACCCCUGGGAGCUGGAUUUUUUUUUUGUGAGUAAGAAGGAUGGCUCUCUUCGACCGUGUAUUGAUUAUCGGGGGUUGAAUGAUAUUACGGUCAAGAACAAGUACCCCUUGCCCUUGCCCUUGAUGAGCUCCGCUUUCGAUUCUUUACAGGGUGCUACUGUGUUUACGAAGCUUGAUCUACGCAAUGCGUAUCAUCUGGUUCGGAUCAAAGAGGGGGACGAGUGGUUGACUGGAUUCAAUACACCUAUGGGACAUUUCGAGUACCAGGUGAUGCCGUUUGGACUUUCCAACGCUCCAGCAGUGUUCCAAAGUUUGGUGAAUGACGUGCUGAGGGAUAUGAUCGGUCUGUUUGUGUUCGUUUACCUGGAUGACAUCCUGAUUUUCUCCAAGGAGCUUUCCAGCCACAUCCAGCAUGUUAUUAAGCAGGUCCUGCAGUGGUUAUUGGAGAACCGUCUAUUUGUGAAGGCAGAGAAGUGUGAUUUUCACGCCCACACUACAUCCUUCCUCGGGUACAUCAUCUCCAGGGGUGAGAUCAAGAUGGACCAAGAGAAGGUUCGGGCAGUUCGGGAUUGGGCCCGGCCCGGUACGAGAUUGCAGCUCCAGAGAUUCCUGGGAUUUGCGAACUUCUAUCGGAGGUUUAUCCGUGAUUACAGCCGGGUGGCCGCCCCUUUAACUGCUCUGACGUCUUGCACCAGAAUUUUCUGUUGGACUCCUGAGGCAGACCGAGCAUUUCUGAACUUGAAGAGCCGAUUCUCUCUCAACCUGACACUUCCCGUCAGUUUGUUGUUGAGGUGGACGCGUCUGAUGUGGGGGUGGGCGCCAUCCUGUCCCAGCGUAGCUCCACUGACGGUAAACUCCAUCCCUGCGCCUUCUACUCUUGUCGUCUUUCACCAGCUGAGAGAAACUACGAUGUGGGUAACCGGGAGCUUCUCGCUGUGAAGCUUGCAUUGGAGGAGUGGCGUCACUGGUUGGAGGAGCGGAG